AUGUCCACGAAAGACAGUGGAACAAUACGUCAAAUGGAACACCUUAUCGAGGAGAAUUUCGGUUUAUGGUUCGUCAACACACGAGCAGAGCUCCGUUCAAAGAAGCUUUGGAAAUACACUCAAGGAGAGUAUGAGUCUGAAGACUCUGCAGUCACUACGGCAACAACCAGUACAGAUACGGAGAUAUCUCCACCAAUUACCAAGAAGCAAGAGAAGGCUAUGAAGGAAUGGGAGGAGAAAUCCCAGGAAGCUGCAGAUCUUAUGACUCCGACAAUCAGUCCAGGUAUUCAACAGAAACUUACGGAGGCCGAAUUCAAUGACGGCUACCUCAUGCUCACGAGACUUCAGACUCUACUUCAGCCUACGGGAUCCUCAGAGUUUAUGCGUCUCUCCAAGGAGUACUACACGCUUCAGUUCAAAGCAUUCAAGACGGUACCCGAGUAUCUCACUCACAUCAAGGUUCUCGAAGAGAAAAUCGACGCCACGAAGGUCACACUCGAUACGAAUAACCGUACGAUUCUCUGUCUCUCCAUAUCAUUACCACGAGAGUACCAGUAUCUCAUCCAAAUUUGGGCUGUUACGCCCUCAAUCACAGCUGAAAAAGCACGUCAAAUGGUCCUCGAGGCCAGUCGGCAACACAAUCAAGCCCUCCACUCCCAAGACUCCGCUCGAUUUUUUAAGGCAGGAUUCCAGGGGAAAGGCAAGGAAAAAGAGCCCUGUAACCACUGUGGAUCUACCGGUCAUCUCAGCGAGAAGUGCUGGACUGAAUAUCCACAGUUGGCUCCGGAUUGGUAUAAGGAAAUGAUGAAAGAUCAGGCAAAACACAAAGGGAGAUAG